AAAAUGUUUUCAAUGUUUUGAUGUUUUGCUCACAAAUUGACAUCACUUUGAAUGUCAACAAAAGUGACGACAAGUAUUAGGAGGUGUGACCACAGAUCAGUCUUCGCAUACAUUUACCACAUCUUCACCCGAGUGUCUGAUCCCUGGAAAUGAGUGUCAAAGCGUUUGAGUUGUGGUCAGUGGCCGAGAAAGUGAUGAUCGGAGAGAGGGUUAGGGUUAAGAUCGAAAGCAUCGAAUUUCGG